AUGAGACUUCUACUAUCUCUGCUACUUGUAAACUUUGUUGCUACCUCAUAUUGGGCCUGUGGCAGUGGGAAAAUUUCUACUUUCUUUGCCUACCUAGUCAGUUUGCCUGCAAAAGAUCGAGAACAUAUAAAUGUUUGUUGUUUCCACCAUGAUGCUCAAUAUGACGGGAUCGACGCGGGACAGUUAGACAUUACCAAAAGACAAUCUGAUUGGGAAUUCAAACAAUGCUUGUCAGACAGCAAAUAUUUGUAA